AACAUAGAAGGGAAUGUGAUUGGUUUUAAGGUAACAUUGCCGUAUUUUAAACUUUGAGAAAUUGAUUGAAAAAAUAUAAUUUAUAGGAGAGGGAUGCAUUUGUAGUUAGUUACCAAUUAUCUUUCUACUACCCGUCCCUGAUCCUUUAUAUACGCUCCAAACAGCGAGUGAAAGCCGCCGACUUUAACACUUCCUCACCAAAACAAACAAAUACGAAUCCCUCAAAUUCCCCUCAACUGUAGUGUCUCCGGCGAAAUUCUCAGUUCUCAAUCAAUAGGUAUCUCCUUGUCUCUCCACAUUAACAAUGGAAAUAAUCAUACUGGAAACAGAUAGACAACCUCAAAAUAACCAAGAACCAACAGGGGAACCAAGGACUAGGAAGAGGUCAUCACUGAACAACAAUGAAGACAGGAUCAGCACGCUACCAAAUGUACUUCUCCAUCACAUUUUAUCUUUUGUGGACGCAGUGCAAGUUGUUCAAACCUGUGUUUUGUCCAAAAGAUGGAUGAAUGUGUGGAAAUCUCAUCCCUAUCUCGACUUCAAUUUUGAGACAUUUUCAUCCUUAAUCAAUUCAGAUUAUUAUGACGAUGAGGUGAACAAUUUCACUGACUUUAUCUAUCAUGUUUUAGUACGUCGCCAUAACCUUAAGGCUGUUAAGAUUUCCUUAGAUAUACUUCGUGAUACUCGAUGUAGUUUGGUGGAAUCGUUGAUAUAUUAUGCAGUUAAACAUCAUGUGGAAGAGAUAUCUGUAAAUACUGCUCAUUGGGAUAUGCCAAUUGUGUUGCCUCGUUGUUUCUUUGACUGUGAAUCAUUGAGAAGCCUAAAAUUGAAAGUUGACGGUGGCAUAGUUUUGCCAAAAUCUUUGGGGUUGCAGUCUCUGAAGACAUUGCAUCUUGGUGGGGCUCGGAAUUUUGAUGGGAAGAUUUUCUCAAGUUGCCCGAAUCUUGAAAAUCUGAAAAUUGAAGAUAUAUACUUAAACACGAUUGAAAAUUUCAAUAUUCAUGCUCUUAAUCUGAAAAGCUUGGAAAUUUUGAAUUGGAGAUAUAGUAGAAUUAUGCGUGGAUGCAAGGUUAUGCUAUUUGCUCCUAAGCUUACCAGUUUCAAGUUUGAUGGGAACACUCCUUUAUUUUGGUCUGAAGUGAAUCUUACCUCUUUGGAUGAUGUAAAUGUAGUCUUGCAGAGAUACCAUCACAGUAAUAACUAUCCAUUCUAUGUAGUUGAAGAUGAAUACAUUUCAGAAGAAGAUGAAACCGAGCAGGGGCUUGGUCUCAAUCUCAUCAAGAUGCUUCAUCAGUUCUGCAGUGCAAAAUCCUUGACAUUAUCCAUGAAUAUCAUUGAGAUUCUCUCCGAGGUUCCAGCUGCUCUAGAUAAACAUCCUUCGUCAUUAUCUAAUUUGAAGUAUCUGAAGUUGAAAACCGACCACAAGGAUGUCACUCUACCUGCCCAUGUCUUGAAUUACUUUCUUAGAAGCUCUUCUUUUCUGAAAGUAAGCUUCUAAUAUUUUCCAAGGCACAAACCCACGAAGCUGUGAAGCUAUUUGAAGGCAGUUCUUUCCAUUACCAAAACGCAUUGAAUGUCUUUCAAGUGCCUAGGUACUCCUUUGGGGCUUGUAAUCUUCAUUUUAAUUGAUCGUGGCUUGAUCCUUAUAGCAUACAGCAAUACCAUAUAAGAUGUUCCUUUUCCCGCUGACAUUGCGUAGCUAAUCCAAUAUAUUGAGUAACUCUGAUUGAACUCAGAAGUUUGCCUGAAA